AUGACUUACAGCCAAACACUCGGACACAACAACAACAACAAGAACAACAACGGAAAGUACCAGAUCUGCGAAGAGAUCGGUCGUGGACGCUUCGGCACCGUCACACGCGUCUACUCUCCAUCCACCGGCGAUUUCUACGCCUGCAAAACCAUCGAGAAGAGCUCUCUAACCGACGAUCUCGACCGUGCCUGCAUCGACAACGAGCCUAAACUCAUGGCUUUGUUGUCAUUUCACCCCAACAUCGUCCAAAUCCACGAUCUUGUCGAUACAGACUCAACUCUCUCCAUCUACAUGGAGUUAGUCGACCCUUCCGUCUCGAUCUACGACCGUUUAGUUUCUUCCGGAACCUUCUCGGAGUCCCAAACGGCGUCGUUCGCGAAACAGAUUCUCCAGGGGCUCGCGCAUUGUCACCGAUACGGCGUCGUUCACAGGGACAUUAAACCGGAGAAUAUUCUUGUGGAUUUAAGGAACGAUACGGUUAAGAUAUGUGAUUUUGGGUCUGGGGUUUGGUUGGGUGAGGGAGAGACCACUGAAGGUGUUGUGGGGACGCCGUAUUACGUGGCGCCUGAGGUUCUGAUGGGGUGUGAGUAUGGUGAGAAGGUUGAUUUGUGGAGUGUUGGUGUUGUUUUGUACACGAUGCUUGCUGGAUCUCCGCCUUUUUACGGAGAGACGGCGGAGGAGAUUUUUGAAGCCGUGCUGAGGGGAAACUUGAGGUUUCCGCCGAAGGUGUUCAGGGGAGUUUCGUCUAUGGCUAAAGAUUUCUUGAGGAAGAUGAUAUGUAAAGAUACUUCGAGAAGAUUCUCUGCUGAACAAGCUCUCCGACACCCAUGGAUUCAAAGAGCAGGAGAAGGAGAGGAGAGAUUCAUAAAAGAAUGUGUGUUUUGA